AUUACCCUCCAUCCGAGCUGGACGAGAUUCCGCAUACGCUUACAUUGCAAACUGUCUAUCGAACUGCAUUGGCGCCACUCGUGCCUUUCAAUUCACACCCUAAGUUGCACACCGUGAUGUCAUGUCCUACUCUAUCUGUAGAUAUGACCGAGGAAGAUGAAAGGGUGACAGAACAAGCUGGAGGUAGGCUGGCUGAUCAGCCAAGCGGUCCAAAAUGUUCAACAAUGCAGGGUAUCGAGUCAAUCAAGAGACAAAGGACCACAGAGCCCACUCACUCGCCCGAAGAUAUGAUCAUUCACAUGAAUACUGAGCCCAAACCAUCCUCUCCAGACACUGUAGUCGGUUCAAAGCCAACCUCACCAGUCUCACCCUCGCUUUCUGCACCACUCCAAGAAAAGAUGGAUGUGGCCUCAACAGGUCAAGUGGGCAUUGCAAGCGACGAGGUUUCGAUUCCACUCGUGCCUUCAGAUACUGCAGUUGGUUCCAAUCCAACUUCACCAAGCUCCGUCACACCGUCGCCUGCUCAAAAACAGACAGCUGGCCCACCAAGCGGGGAUAAUUUGUGACCCGUUGAAGCAUGUGUCUACAUGAUCUAUGAGCCCGAUACUGAAGUAGUCGAUGGAUAUUUCUGUGGCAGAUGCCUUGAUUGCUAUGAGAACAUGACAAGGUGCAGAUUCGGACCUUGCCGGAGA